UUAUAAUCUAAGCCACACGGGGCCAACCACACACCGCCUUUGGCCAUGGCGUCCUCUCUCGUUCACUCCGCGCACUGAGCUUCCUGGACUGUGUGGCCAUGCCCUCCCUCCUCCUCAUGGCCCUCUCGUCCCUCCCUCCCGCUCCCCCGUCUCUCCACCACCCACCACCGCCCCCCGCCCUCUAUCCCCGCCGCCCCCCUCCUCCGCUCUCCCGUGCCUCCGCCCGCUCUCGCUUCUCUCCGAAGCGAGUCCGAUGCGCCAACAGCAAAGAACGAGCUCCUCCUGCCGCCGCUGCGGCGCCGUCAUCGCCGCCGCCGCCGCCGCCGCCGCCGCCUUCGAGCUCCGACCCCAAGAGGGGUGUCGCCCUCUACAAGCCCAAGUCGUACGAGGUUCUGGUCGCCGAUGCGGCGGAGUCCCUCGCUUUCGCUCUCGAAGAUGGCAAGACCCGAUUGGAGAUUGAUUUCCCACCUUUGCCAAGCGAUAUGUCUUCUUUUAAGGGCUCUUCAGAUGACUACAUUGAAGCAAACAUUCAAUUUGCAUUGACCAUUGUAAGGAAACUUAAAGAGAAGAGGGAAACCAGAGCUUGCAUUGUUUUCCCGGACAAGCCAGAGAAACGUAGAGCCACUCAGCUUUUUAAGACAGCUCUCGAUAUGAUUGAUGGCAUAACAGUUGCUUCCUUGGAUGAUGUACCUAGCGGCCCUGUCACUACAUUCUUUAAGUCCGUGAGGAACACUCUGGAUUUCGACUAUGAGGAUGAAAAUGAAGGUCGCUGGAAGUCAGAUGCACCCCCAACACUAUAUAUAUUCCUGAACUGCAGCACUCGUGAACUUUCAGUUAUAGAAAAAUAUGUGGGCCAAUUUGCCAAGUCAACUCCAUCACUCUUAUUCAAUUUGGAACUUGAAACCCUGCGAGCUGACUUAGGCCUUCUGGGAUUUCCAAGCAAAGAUUUGCAUUACCGAUUUCUUUCUCAGUUCACCCCUGUGUUCUUUAUUAGAACUAGAGACUACUCGAAGACAGUUGCGGUAGCACCUUACAUUAUCAAUUUCAGCGGAGCGCUCUUUCGCCAAUAUCCUGGGCCAUGGCAGGUGAUGCUUAAGCAAGCAGAUGGUUCAUAUGCGUGUGUGGCAGAGAGUGCCACACGCUUUACACUAGGCGAAACCAAGGAAGAACUACUGAGGGUCUUGGGACUGCAAGAAGAGCAAGGAAGCUCACUAGAAUUUCUUCGUAGAGGCUACAAGAAUACUACUUGGUGGGAAGAAGACGUUGAGUUGGAAGUUUCGUCGGCAUGGCGUAGUUGAGCUCCAGGAACAGAAAGUUUGACUAGUAUUAUAAUGAUGAAGGUAAAUGGUAAAUAGACUCGAACUGGAUUGGGCAUUGCAUGUCAUAUGAUCCUACUUUUUGCAA